AUGCUGAUGUUGUUGACUAUACAGAUAUUUCUGUUUGCCUAUGCUCUAUUGUCAGCGGUCGCUUUGUCUAGCCAGGAAAUUAUGAGUUGCAGUCCAUUCAACACUCAAAAUGAUCCACCGCUCUUUGACUCGUAUGACCAACUCGAUCAGUCCUCGCUCUUUGCCCCAACUCCCGGAUAUGCCCCGACUCCAGGAUAUGCCCCGACUCCAGGAUAUGCCUCAACGCCAGGAUAUGCCCCAACGCCAGGAGAUGGCUUUUGCCAGACGCCCUCCAUGAUGAAUUCUAUUAGCCCUGAGAAUCGCCCAGGUGAUGAUUUCUCCAGACAGCGCCAAUCGCCACAACUUGGUCAGAUUCGUCUACUUCAGCUGGGUGAGUGGGAGGAAGGGAGGUCAUACGACGAGCUUCCACCCACCUGUCUUCAUUAUUCGAUUUUGUGGAAGGUGACCCUCAAUAAUAAAACAAUCCGGAAAAAUACGGAGCAAGACUUGGUAUUGGCCCCAAGGUUUCACUGGCGUCUUUUUUUGGAGCCAAAAUUAAAGGAACUUGUAGGCAAGAAAUUUCUGCAGAGAAGAGUUGAACUAGAUGAUACAACAACCGUUGUAUCAGUGAAUCACCGUAAUCAGCCAGACCUCACUCUUUCCUGUGACCAAACUGAUGUGGAUUGGCCUGCUGUGGAGAAACAGCUUCUAUUGUGGGGCGAUCUUUUCCGCGCUGGGAAGAAACUAACACUGAAUAUGACAUUCAGCUACGUUGAGAGUAGCCACAUCCUAAGGCCCAGCCCAAGAGGGACAGACAAAAGAGGGGCUUCAUCUGCUACCCAGCUCAUGUUGCUUGAACGGCAGGCAGAUAUCAGCGCACAGGAACAGGCCACUGGGCAACCUCCUACUUGGGACUAUGUUUACAGUCUGAUGCGGUGCUCCAGUGGAGCAUGUGAGCUGGGGCCGCAUUGCUGGCGUGACCCUAUUAGCAAAAAGCACAUUAAACUAACAGUACAGAACCUGAGGGCCCUGGUGAAUUUUGCUGAACAGGGCGGUGUGUUAAAAUCCCACGAUGACGUUCCCGAGUCAAUUCGUGAACAACUAUAUAUACAGGAGCAGCAACGACUUGACAGGCAAAAGAGCGGUGCCCAGUCCACAAAUGGAUAUCCUCCUAUAAACAUCACCAACGUCCUUCCUACGCAGUCUUCCCCUCACUCUGUGCCAACCACACCGACGCCGACGCUGACGCCGAAUAUGUGUAAUGGAAAAGUGUCUACAGAUUUCAUCGAGAUCCCUGGUCUGCGAGACCUUGCCGUUGCUGAAUAUAGUGACUGGCAGCAAUCACAAGUCAAUGAUGAAAAACUGAAAGCUGAAUUUCGCAAAGCUUGUGAUACUGCACUUGAAGAUGGACUGGAUCUUGCCCAGAUUCAUGAUGAUCAGGACCCGGGAUUCUUCAUAAAGAAUGGCGUUAAAAGAGGCAUUGCUCGCCGUUUUGUCGGGGAUAUCAAUUAUUGGAUUAAGCAUUAUAAGUGUAAUAUUGAGUAG